CGAGAAGGCGGCUGAGGGUUGGCCUUGUUGAAAUGCUGCAAUUGCACUGGAUGAAGAGUGUCUUUACUCGGAAGCUUAUGAUGUUCAAAUCCGAGAUUAAUAAUUAAUCGACGAGGGAGUAACGGCCCCUCUUUGUGGAAGCUGUUACGAAGGCUGUCCUGGGGUUGGUUCCAUCCCAAUGCGACAACUUGUGCUGCACCGGGUCGCUGCGAUAAGAUAAGCACUGGCGCCAAUCCUCCAGCCCUACGUGCCUGUGGACGCCUUUCGCCGGCUGGCUCCUGAUGUCCACUGAGCAGAUCAUCCGCCCCGCCAAUCCGUCAUCGUGAAUAUCUCCAUCCGCCGCAGUGUCACCCACUUCCCACACUUGCUCUUUUUCUGAUAUGCGCCGCGCGCCUCACCCAUGAUGGAGUCCGCCGCGCUCACAAAGGCACACGACCAUGCCCGCGCUGCAUCCAUCGCUACACAAACAUCCGACACCACUGUUGCCGUUACGGAACAUGCGCAGGCUGCUGGAGAGUUCGCUAACGCGGCUAAGGGAACGACGAGCAUCGAGGCUUUGCGCAUGCUGAGCUUGUUGGAGCAACACCAUAAACGGCUGUCCGAGUUGCUGAAGUUACCCCUAGGACUCCCCAGCCAGAAUAGUAUCGACAGCGAUAUUGCCGAGGCAGACGAGAAAGAUUCUACAGAUCACGACGAUGCCAAAACUGCAACAUCUUCCAAGGCUUCAGCUGCUGCUCCUGGAUCUGCCCAUGCGACAAAGCCCAUCCCCACGCUGUCUCAUCAACGGUACCCUGGGCGAAAUCUGUCAUCCUCCAUAGCAAACAACUUGGCAUCCGCUCGAGGAAUUCGAUCAAAGUAUCCCAGCCAGCCUCUGACACCCAGCAUUUCCAACGACCAGGCUCCUGGAAGUUUGGAAGUGCAUCCCCGCAGGGAGGGCUCCACGAGAGGCUCCAAAACCCUGGGUUCUCUGGACCACUCACGCAAGCCAGGCUGGGUUCCCCCUGUCAUUGCAGAGGAUGCAUCUCAUGAGCCCAACAAGGUCGAACAGAAUACCGGCAGUUCGACCCCUAGCGAGGGCUUCUCCAGGUUUUAUAGCACAUUUGGCACUUUGAUCAAUCGUCUCUCCGCGCCUCUCGCCUUCGCCGGGCUGCCAUUAAUCUCGGAGGAGUCAUCAGUCACCUCUGAUCAGACCAGCCCCGUCCGCCCCCCAGAACCCACCCCUCCACGAAAGCGCCAAUGGACCGCGCAUCCCCCAACGACGACAACCGCUACUACCGAACCUGAUCUCAAAAAGAUAUACUCCCGCGCGGCCCUCCGAUCCCUUCCUCGAGAUCCGAGCGCUGCCGACUCUUUUUAUUUUGUCCCUACGAGCGGGCAUACCGUAUCUUACGCUAGCAUCCUUCAUCAUGAAACGAAAGAACGUCGUCGUCUUGCAGCCUCCAUACACCGCGAUCCCAACAGCCUAGAGGAUGACGACGAAGACGACUUUGUUGACGCACAAGAGAUCCAGAUACCUCCUCAACUUGGCUCUCGCAGACCACCGUCUCUACUAUCAUCACACUCGGGCAAAUCUCGGGCAACAAACGAAAAAGACCAUCUUAAAAAUGUUGUCGAGGAGCUCCAACUCGAGAACGCUUCGCUCAAGGAUGCCCUGGAUAGAGUGAGCAAACGUCUACACGCGUUCGAACUCAACAGCCAGAGUUCCCACCUGGCGUUGGCACAAAGCUUACGGUUGCAAAGACCCGGAUCGCCAAUGAGUGCUUCGAGCGGUGGUGGGUACGGACAUUUGCCCCCAGGUGGAGGUUCAGGAGAGGAAGCGGCUCUGAAGAAGAGGAACGCGGAGUUGGAGGAGCAGCUGGCUGAGCUGACAAAGAGGAUGGUGGCCAGGGAGAAAGAUUAUGACAGGCUAGAGCAGACAGUAGAGAAAUACAGGGAUAGGUGGGAGAAAUUGAAAGCUGGGGCCAAGGCGAGGAGGGAGGCGCAAAGUGGUCCUUCGACUGCUGGAGCUGGUACUGCCGGCGAUAGAGGAGAGGGGGCGGUGAAUGUGUCUAAAAGAUGAUGAAGCUUUUUGAGAUGGUGGUUGAGGCAGCAUGUUUGUGAUAUCAUUUUCCCUGGAGCGGAUAUAGCCAAUAUAUGAACUUGUAAUGAUUCUUCUUGCAUAGCGCUGAUGUAAACGUUGAUUACUGAACAUAAAGAUGCCGA